AUGGAACGCCGAGUAUUUUCAAUGUACAGGGACCGAACAGCCUCUCCAUACGACGGAGAUGAGGAUGAUGUGAGUCAUGCAGAGAUGUUCUUUUACGCAUUCCUAGAGGUUGGUGACGACUAUGUCUUACUUGACGAAAUGAUAGAAGACAGUCGAGUUCUCUGGACUGUUCUGCGGUUAUUCCAGAAACUACUCGAGAUUAAUGACGAUACUGACAGAAAGAGGUUCUCUACAAUUUUAUUGGAAAAGGAUUGCUGA